AUGACAGUAACUUUAGUUGGUAAAGGGAAUGCGAAUAUUCUCAUUUCGAAUGAUGACCCAUUUUGGUUGUAUAGAUGCUGUAUAAAAUAUCCAGACUCUAUUCGUCAAUGUAAUGAAUAUACAUAUAGUAAUAUUCAAUUCAUUAAUGCUUGUAUAAGAUCUUUAUUAGGUGAUUUAGUAUGUCCUAUGACAUUAGUCGAGGUUCCAGUGGAUGCGAUAUCAAUUGUUUACAAAAAUUAUGUCAAUAUUGAUUAUCGGGAUUCUGAUGUUAUUGUUUGUUUGAAAAUACCGAAUUUAAGACCAUCCAAGAAAUAUUCAAUUAUGGUACAAUCAGACCAUUUAACUAAAAUAUAUACAACUAAUGAUAAUAGUUCUGUACUGUUAGAGAUUAAACCUAAAUGGUUACAUUAUCCGACACCUUAUUGUAGAAAUUGUACCGAUAAUUCAAGGAAAAACCGUGAUAUCAUAUAUUGUUAUUCUGAACUACUUAAGGAUAUUGAUCAAUUGAAAUUAAUUCUUAAGACUGAAAUGCAUGAAAAAAUUCCUAAAGGUUUUAUUGAAAUUAUUGAAAAAUAUUUUAUGGAUAAAGAAAAUGUCUUACAUAAACUUCAUGAUGUUCAAAAAUCAUUAUACUGUCAUUACAGAGACAAGACACAAUCUAAAGAUAAUAACGAUAUAAGCGAUUUACAAAUUUUGAUGACAUUGAGAGACGUUUCAUGUUUUAUUCAGUGGGAUAAAGAUAUGUUAUCGAUUACAGAUUUAAAAAUAAAUAUUGUCGAUGUCGACUUGAAGAGUGUAGAUAAAUUGCCACAUUGGAUCCAAACUCAAACAAUAUUGAACAAAUAUGAAUCAAAAAUUGUACACUGA